ACAAGUUUUAUUUGCAAGAUGGCAGCGCCCAUGGUGAGCAGUGUGGUGAGACCUGCCAGAUCGGUUUUUGCAAAUGUUUUGUGUUAUUCAAGAAUAUUCAGUCAAACCGUUUUUUCCAGUACGAGAAAACUAUGUGUCUCAGCAAAGAGAGUCACUUCAGAUAAAUCUGGUAGCAGAAUUUUGUCGGAAAGUGCAACUACAACGUCUUCAGCUACAAGUACAAAUGACACUUCUAAUAAUCUGUCCGGUGCAUUCAAGGAUACAAUGCAUAUGAGAUCAUCACAGGCUUCUCGGAGUCUCCUGGUUAGGCUAGCAAAUGGUACAACAAUUGAAAGUCUCCUGCAGUACUGCAAUAGUCAGGGGAAGGUAGACAAUUACUUCACUUAUUUUCAAAAGGCGCACUAUGUUGUUGUAGAAUUCAGCCAAGCAGACACAAUUAAGCAGAUAACCUCAAAAGCCCAUUCUACAGAGAGCAAGACAGGCAAACAGCGAGAUGGCGCCCAGGUGGAAUCUCGCUUUCUCAGCUUCUCAAGACCUUCAAAGCACAAGGAUACCAAUGUUCUGAAGCGGAAACCUGAUGUUGUAAUCUUAAAUAAAGAUUUGAGCAACCUGGAGCUGCUUCGAUCACUGGCCAGUGCUCCGAAUGUGGAUGCACAGAUUGAGCUGCUGUUGCAAGAGCAGGAGCUGAGGGAGUCUGAGAUCAGGCUUCGUUUCCUAGCCUGCUCUCUGAUGGAGGAAGCAUUCCAGAGCAUCCUCCCUGAUGCCACCCUUCACCCCUUUGGCUCUUCCAUCAAUGGAUUCGGGAGGCGAAGUUGUGACGUGGAUACGUACCUUGAUAGAGGCACAGCACAUGGUGUCAUCCCUCUCAAACAGGGAAGAAAUAAAUACAAGCUUGGCUACGACAGGCAGUCUGCUAACAGCGAACGAGUGGCCACCCAGUCAACCCUCUUCACCCUAGCUGAGUUUUUAGAAAAGCAUGUCCCACAAUGCAGUUCUGUAAACAGAAUACUCAAUGCUAGGUGUCCAUUGGUCAAAUUCAGACAUCAGGCUACAGGGCUGUCUUGUGACCUUACUGGUGAUAACAGGAUAGCAAUUAAAAGCUCAGAAAUGCUGUACAUAUUUGGCCGCUUGGACCCUAGGGUGCGCCCUCUGGUGUUCAUGGUGAGACACUGGGCACGGCUGAACGGGAUCACAAACAAUAAUCCAGGAUACUGGAUCACCAACUACCCCCUCACACUGCUCGUAAUAUUCUUCUUGCAGACCAGGCCUGAGCCAGUGCUUCCAGCACUUAAUAAGAUUGCCAUGUUUGAACCAUCAUCUGAAGGUAUGGAGGAGGAGGAGAAGGACGUUGAUCUUGUUUUUACUGACGAAGCUUGCAUCAAGGUCUCCAGAAACAAAGAAACACCCACUGAGCUUUUACAAGAGUUCUUCCACUUCUGCAUCACAUUUGACUUCAAGAAACAUGCACUCUCCAUCCACCUUGGCUCUACAUAUCCCGUACCAAACAAUGGCAAGAUCUUCCCUAUGUACAUUGAGAACCCACUUGAACCUGAUCUGAACUCCAGCAAGAACGUCAGCGGUGAUCUGGUGGACAGGUUACGCAGGCUUUCACAAGAAGCUGUUAAGACUAUGGAGAGGCUUGAUUUCUAUCAAGCGGACGCCAGCCGUGAUGCCUUGCACUCGUGGGGGUUGGGCGCACUGUUGAUGGGUUCCGUCCAGGGGAAGGGAAAGGUUCGUUCGGUGGCGAUGGAGAAGAAGCUGGGAGCCAUGUUUCGGUCGUUGAACCGCAGAGAGUUUUCAACAUCUUGUAAGAGGACUUGCGGAGUAAUGCAUGAUUGCAGGAACAUUGUACACCAUGUUAGUCCUUCAAUCUCAUGUUGGUCAACAACUUCAUGUAAGGAUUGUCCAGAUGGUGCAGCUACUUUACCCUUAAACACAAGACUGUCAUGAUAUUCAGAGGAAAUAUGUCAUAGCAUAAUUAGGUAGUUCUUGUUUAACCAGUGGACUGGAACAGUGCCUCUCAUUUCAGUGUUCAGUGAUGCAACAUGAAAGCAUGUUCUGCAAGCAAUAAUGGCAUUUACCUCAAAAAGUAAGAUGCUGACAAGAACAAUUAUUAUAUGAAUAUACAAUAUUUCAAGCCCAGGCUACUGCCAACAGAAGUGCAAAAUGUCUAAGAUUGUCUGUUGCUGCUUUUUUAAGAAUUCUUGUGGAGAUGAUAUACAUGUAUGACCAGGCAUCACAAAGCCACCGACGAGUUGCAUGAUGUGAGUUAAGUUAGAGCUCAAUAAAUUUGUAUUUGGUUAGGAUGGUCAUAUUUUGGUUUCUAGUAUUUCCAGAAUGGAAGUACCAAAUCAAUCUAAAAGUGGUAUUUUGGGCAUUGUAUUGUACUAGAUGUAUGGUUGUCUGACCUCGAGUUUGUUGUAGUACUUAUCAAGACUCUUUAAUUCUAGCUACUGGUCUCAUUUUGAUUAAAUUUAAAAGAGAGUAAGCUGCUGUACUUAUACUUAGACAAAAUAAAGAACACGAUGAGCAUAAUUGGUACGUCAAGUUUAGAACAAAUUGAUAAUCCCUUCAUAUAAAUCUAUAUAGACUUCUAAUCCUUUUUCCUUUUCACUUUGCACGAUAUACCGUGUGAGUCAGAGUGAUUAAAGAGACUACACACUUUAAAGCCUUAAGGAACAUUGCUUAAUGUUAAAAAAUCUCUUCUUUAUAGAAUCGGACCUAAAAUUAAAAGAAAAGGAUUACUGGCAAAUUUGAUGUGGUUCUGUGGCGCCUGGUAUUUGCUUAUGAAUGUAUCACCAUGCAGGGUAUAUAAUCAAGCAGGAAUGACUUGUAGAGAUUUGUGAGUCAAGAGAUCCAUGGUCAGUUUUCAUACAAGGUGAAGAUCUUGUGAAAAUCUUAGUCAUCUCACCAUGUGUCUUUUCAUUGUAACUUCUAUCUAUGUGACGUCUUUAUAUUGAUGAUGAAAUGGCAGCUACAUCCCGAUUCCCCCAAAUUAUGUAAACGAUUCAGGAAUGCAUCCCCAAAUCACCAAAUUGAUGAUAUUGCAACAGGUCUAUAGUAUACAUAAUCAUAACAUACCAGUAUGAAAAAUAUUCUUUGUAAAGGAUAUUUUCAUUCUACCUAGAUGUGCCCUUAGCCUUUCCUUUGUACAAUAUUCAAAGCUCAAUAAGAAUUGAAGAUGGCUGUUUUCAUGAUAGAAUGUAUCCAAGAACAGCUCAUAGUCAUAUUCAAGAAAGGGUGAUAUUUCUCUUAGUAUAACUUUGGGUACAAUUUUCUUGAGCUCAGACCAUCCCAUUAGCAGUACAACAUAAUCUAUCUCAUGUUUUGAUUGAAUUUGAUAUCAUCCUUACUUUACUUGGUCCAACUUCUAACCUGAUUUUAAAUAAAACAUCAAGCAAAAUCAUCACUAAAUUACAAUAUUUUGUAGGCUGUAAUGAAGAGAAUAAUUUUGGGUCAUUAAUGUCAUAAUGGAUGCGAGGAUUUCUUGAUUGCAAGUGCCAUUGCUAAUAAAGUAUUAAUAAUUUGUCA